UGUGAGCAGGGGAGAGGCGGAGAAUAAUGGAGACACAGAAUCCAAAGCAGGCUCCAGACUCUGAGCUGUCAGCACAGCCUGAUGUGGGGCUAGAACCCACAGACAGUGAGAUCAUGACCUGAGCUGAGGUCGGAUGCUUAACCAGCUGAGCCACCCAGGUACAAAGAACAGUGCUUAUCAUACAGCUGGAAAGAAAGGCGAAGAAAAAGCUUUUAUAUUAGAUUGGGCACCUGAACAGAAAGUGCAGUUUUGAUAUGAAGAUGGGAAGAGGACGAACAAGCCGGAUCAGAAGACGGAAACUCUUCAGAAGUUCUGUAUCAAGAGGAGUGAAUGAGAGCUACAAGCCUGAAUUUAUAGAGCUUAAGAAGUGGCUGAAAGAUAGAAAGUUUGAAGAUACAAACUUAAUACCUGCUUGUUUUCCAGGUACAGGAAGAGGGCUGAUGAGCAAAACAUCCUUGCAGGAGGGACAGGUGAUUAUUUCGUUGCCUGAGAGUUGCCUGCUCACCACGGACACAGUGAUUAGAAGCUACUUAGGGGCGUACAUCGCUAAAUGGCGGCCUCCCCCAUCUCCUCUGCUGGCUCUGUGUACCUUUCUGGUUUCAGAAAAGCAUGCUGGGGACCAGUCCGUCUGGAAACCUUACCUAGAGAUUUUACCAAAGGCCUACACCUGCCCCGUUUGCUUGGAGCCAGAAGUGGUGAAUCUUUUUCCCAAACCCUUGAGAGCAAAGGCCGAAGAGCAGAGAGCCCGUGUGCGAGAGUUCUUUUCUUCCUCCAGAGGCUUUUUCUCUUCCCUGCAGCCUCUGUUUUCCGAGGCCGUCGGGAGCAUCUUUAGCUACCGUGCCCUCCUGUGGGCCUGGUGUACGGUCAACACCAGGGCCGUGUAUGUGAAGCCCAGGCGGAGGCGCUGUUUUUCCGCGGAGCCAGACAGCUGUGCGCUCGCCCCGUACCUGGAUCUGCUGAACCACAGCCCCCGUGUGCAGGUAGAAGCAGCAUUUAAUGAGGAAACUCGCUGUUAUGAAAUUAGAACAGCUUCAAGCUGUAGGAAACAUGAAGAGGUGUUCAUCUGCUAUGGCCCUCAUGAUAAUCAGCGGCUGCUCCUGGAGUAUGGAUUCGUUUCCAUCCGUAAUCCUCACGCUUGUGUUUAUGUCUCAGAAGAUAUACUUGUUAAAUAUCUUCCAUCAACAGAUAAACAGAUGAACAAGAAGAUUUCCAUUUUAAAGGAUCAUGACUUUAUAGAAAAUUUGACAUUUGGAUGGGAUGGACCAUCUUGGAAGUUACUCACAGCGCUUAAGUUGUUAUGUCUGGAAGCUGAAGAAUUUACAUGCUGGAAAAAAAUACUUCUUGGAGAAAUCAUUUCAGAUACAAAUGAGAAGAGAAGUUUGGACAUAGCCCAGAAAAUAUGCCAUUAUUUCAUAGAGGAGACCAAUGCAGUGCUUCAAAAGGUUUCUCAUAUGAAAGAUGAAGAAGUGGCUUCGGUAAACCAACUAACUUUGGUAGAAACAUUGUGGACAGAAGAGCUAAAGAUUCUGCAGGCCUCUGCUCUGAUUCUAAACAGUUUGCAAACACCUUUUAGAGAGAGUGCAAGCUGGGGAGGAGUAGAGAGAGGAGACAGAGGAUCCGAAGCAGGGGCUCAAACCCACGAACUGUGAGAUCAUGACCUGAGCCCAAACCAAGAAUCGGAUGCUUAACUGACUGAGCCACCCAGGCGCCCCUUGUUUGCAUGUUCUAGUAGGCAACUUCAUCGACCUCACUGGGCAGACUGACGACAAGGAGCCAGGCAGCACCCAGGUGCGAGGAGAAAGAGGGCCUCCCCAGAGGUCCCUGUGGGCCAAGCCCUCUCCCUGUGGUUUUCAGUUUUACAGCCCCCUCCCUGUCACUGUGACACCCACAUCCCACGAAAGGCGGAGGGGCGAGAAGGGGUGAGUGAUCCUGCAAGGCAGCCUUCUCCCAUUUCAGAGAAACUCUGUCCUGGGGGUGGGGCCCUCCUUUUGAUCUCAAGGGUCCCUGUCUGGUUAUGCAGCUGUGGUGAUGGGCGUUUAGAAGCCUUCUGCUAGUGCCAGAAGAUAAGGCAAAAACCAAGACUGUGCAGGGUCUAUGUAGCAAUUAUUAGGACAGUAAAUAAUUCCCGUUCUAACUUUGCCCUUGUCACAAAGGGAGACUUCAAAGUGCUCAAGAUAAAAGGGAAUUCAGGAUGUCACUGACCCGGGGAGUGGGGGGAGGGUCAAGUCUAAGGGUGUGUUUGUCACAGGCAGCAUAGAUCUUUGCUUCUCGGGUCCUCCCAGGCCUCAGACAGUAUAAGGGUCGCAGCAGCCGUUUGAAGUCCCUGGGAACCACAUGUGCAGCGUUUUUAAAAACUCUAUUGAGGAAUAAUUAACAAAUACAUUUGUACAGACUUAAAGUGUACACGUGAUGAUUUGAUAUAUGUACACAUUGCAGGACAAUCACCAAGAGCAAGAUAAUGAACCCAUCCAUCAGCUCACAGUCAACAGUUAACUUUGUUUUCUUUCUGUGGUGGGAAUGCUUAAGAUCUGCUCUCAGUGACUUUCAAGUAAACAAUACCAUAGCGUUAACUAGCCAACAUGCUGUAUGUUAGUUCCUCUGCACUUACUGUUCCUAAUCUGAAAAAUUGUACUUUUGGAUGUAUGCCGCUCCCAUUUUCCCCUGGCCCUUGCAACCACUGUUCUAUUCUCUGUUUCUGUGAAACUGCCCCCCCCCCCCCCAUAGUCCACAUGUAAGUGAUAUCAUACAGCAUUUGUCUUUCUCAGUCUGGCUUAUUUCACUUAGCAAAAUGCCUUCCAGGUUGAUCCAUGUAGUUGCAAACGGCAAGAUUUCCUUCCUUUCUGUGGCUGAAUAAUAUUCCAUUUUCUUUACCCAUUCAUCAGUUGAAGGACACUUUACCUUGUUUCCUCAUCUUAGUUAUUUUGAAUAAUGCUGUACUGAAGGUGGGUGUGCAGAUAUCUCUUUGAGAUACUGAUUUCAAUUCCUUUGGAUAUAUAGACGCAGGGCUGGGAUUGCUGGAUGGUAUGGUAGUUCAAUUUAAAAUUUUUUAAGGAAUCAUACUGUUUUCCAUAAUGGCCAUACCAAUAUACGUUACCACUAACAGCAUAUAAGUGUCCUUCUUCUCCACAUCUUCACCAUCAUUGAUAUCUUUUGUCUUUUUGAUAAUAGCCAUCCUAUUAGAUGAUAUCUCAUUGUGGUUUUGAUUUGCAUUUUUCUGAUGAUUAGUGAUGUUAAGCACCUUUCAAAUACCUUUUGUAUGUCUUUUUUGUGUGUGUGGGGGGGGGGGGGAAUGUCUGUUCAGGUCCUGUGCCCAUUUUUAAAUUGUAUUAUCUGCUUUUUUGCUAUUGUAUGAAUUCUUUGUAUGUUUUGGAUAUAAACCCCUUAUCACAUAUAUGGUUUGCAGAUAUUUUCACCCAUCCUGUAGGUUGCCUUUUCAAUUCAUUGAUUGUUUCCUUGCUAUGCAGAAACUCUUUAGUUUGAUGCUGUUUCACUUGUUUAUUUUAGUUUUUGUGCCUGUACUUUUGAUGUUUUAUCCAAGAAAUUGUUGCCAAGACCUAUGUCAAGGAUCUUUUCUGCUAUGUUUUCCUCUAGGAGUUUUAUGGUUUCAGGUCUUACAUUUAAAUCUUUGAUCUAUUUUGAGUUAAUUUUUGUGAGUGGUGUAAGAUAGGGGUCCAGUUAUACUCUUUUGCAUGUGGAUAUCAGGUUUUCCCAGCACCAUUUAUUGAAGAGGAUAUCAUUUCCCCAUUGUGUGUUCUUGGUGCCCUUGUCAAAAUUUAGUGGACCAUGUAUGUGUGGGUUUUUGUCUGCGCUCUCUAUUCUCUUCCACUGGUUUAUAUGAUGGUUUUUUAUGCCAGUACCACACUAUAGUUUGUAAUAUAGCUUGAAAUCAGAAAGUGUGAUACCUCCAACUUUGUUGUUGUUGUUGCUGUUGUUGUUGUUGUUCUCCUCCUCCUCCUCCUUCUCCUCCUCCUCCUCCUU